CUAGAACUGAACACCAGAAAAGCGGAGAAGCAGAAGAUCUGCUGAUGGUCAGCCCUGGAGGGAGAAGAGGAGCUGCUCUGCUGGAAAAAUGAGCGAGUGCAAGACAUCUACCGAUGAAAGUGUCUGCCUUCCGGCACAGCACAUAUUUACAUCUAACACACACCAGGAGAUCCCGACAAAUGAAUCUUCCACAUUGCUGAAACCAGAAGAGAUUAAACAUGAGGACAUGGAAUCUGUAAUAAGCUCCUGCACUCAGGACACAUCCCCGUUUGAGGAACAUGAAAGCGACGAGAGUAUUCACCACUGCUCUGGGUGUGGAAAGAGUUUUGAUGAUCUGAGUAACCUCCAGCUACACCAGUGCAUUCACACCGAAGAGAAUCCAUACUACUACUUGGAGUAUGGGAAGAGUUUCAUCCUACAUGGUCAUUUCCAGACACAGCUGCCCGUUCACGGCGAAAGAAAACGUCAUCACUGCUUAGAGUGUGGGAAGAGUUUUAAAGAGCGAGGUCAUCUCCAAACACACCAGCGGAUUCACACGGGAGAGAAGCCGUAUCAGUGCUCGGAGUGUGGGAAGAGCUUUAACCAACAGAGUAAUCUCCAAGCACACCAGCGCGUUCACACAGGAGAGAAACCAUAUCACUGCUCAGUGUGCGGAGAGAGUUUCAGUAGACGGUCCAACCUCCAAAGACACCUGCCCGUUCACACAGGAGAGAAGCCGUAUCAAUGCUCAGACUGUGGGAGGAGCUUUAGAGAGCGAGGUCAUCUCCAAACACACCAGCGCAUUCAUACCGGGGAGAAGCCGUAUCACUGCUCGGAGUGUGGGAAGAACUUCAGUAUACUGGGAAGUCUUCAAAGGCAUCAGCGUGUUCACACAGGAGAGAAACCGUAUCAGUGCUCAGACUGCGGGAAGAGCUUUACUCUGCAGCACAGCCUCCACAUUCACCAGCGCAUUCACACCGGAGAUAAACCGUACUGCUGCCCAGAAUGCGGCGAGAGUUUCACCAGACAGUACAACCUUCAGAGGCACCAGCAUGUUCACACUGGAGAGAAACCAUAUCACUGCUCAGAGUGUGCAAAGAGUUUUACCAGCUUGCAGAAUCUCCAGCUCCACCAGCGAGUUCACACUUGAGAAGAUGAAUUAACUCGGUGGGGGGAAAAGCUUGAGCAGUCGCAGUGCUUUGAAUGCACUGAUGUGCUGAAGAGGCAAAAACUCAUUAAGUUUGCUAUUUAAAUAUUUCCAAUCAAGGCAGUUGUUGACAUUUGUAAGAAGAGAUCCUGACUUUCUCUUUCUCGUAUGAUUUGUACACGACCACUCAAAAGUUUGGGUUCGCUUGGAUCAUAAUAAUAAUUGUUAUUCAAAAACAACUCGUACAGUGUAGAUAGAAAUGCAAUAAACUAGACAGCAAACCUGAAACCAAUAAUUUAUUCACAGUUUAGUUUUUCAAAUAUGAGGCGUUGUGGAUGUCGUUUUCUUUAUAAGUUCGUUCUCAAUGCUGCACAAAUUUCACAGCUAUUUAUUGUCCAACAUUACAUUUUCACAGCUUCCUACAGACUUGAAAUAACUUAGUUUUAUCGUAGAAUCAUUUUAUAGUUAAGUAUUUAUAAACAGCCCACAACUGCCCCCCUGUACAAACAUUUUCAAAGAAGGUUUUAUCUGAAUGAAACUAGUGACCCCAAAUUUUUGAGGGGUACUGUAUACCCAUUUUUGUUUUUAUUUUCCACUAACUGCAGAUUUCAGUUCUUAUUUAAUACGUUUUCUAGAGGAAAUUACCUGUAGACACCUGGUGGGUUUAGGAUUACAAUGUGACAUUUUAGUUAAAAUCUAGUUAUGUACAUAUUGUUAAUGGGUUAAUGCUGACUCUUGUUGCUGUGGUGAAUAUUUCUGAAAUCAAACGUGUUUUUAAAAAUAACUUCAUACUAAAUUGUCAUAAGGCUAACUUGGUUAUAAAGCCAGGAUAAACUAGGUUUUAGGCUUUUUUUAUUUAAUAAAUAAGGUGCUAUUUACGUACAGUCUGUUGACACUGCGCUGGUGGUGGUGGCCAGUUUAGUGGGUCAUCUGCUCUACUUAAACAAACAGGCACAAAUUCACUCAGAAAAAUAGGGCUGUUGGACUUACAAACUGAAAAUGUGAUGGCAUUAGAUACAGUAGUCAUGGUACUUAAGUAACUUUUUUUAAUGAAAAAUAAUGAAAGUGAAUGAAAAUGGUUUAUUUUUUAUUUACAGGUUUACAAUCCUAUUCCAAUAAACUAUAAUAAACCCUGAAAAACUGAGAUUUUGCUUCAUCACCAGUUGAACUUCAUGUUGAGGUAACAGAGUCUGUGAGUACUGACUCCACUCUGUUUGACUGAAUGGAAAUGUGUGGAAUAACUGACUUCAGUUAAUACAAGAAGUUCUUAUUUGAGUUUAGCUAAUUAAGACCAUUGCAGUACGGCUGCCUUUUUGGCUAGUAUUAAUUCUUAAUAUGGCUAGUAGUAAUUCUUUAAAAAGAGGGUUCUUUAGUAAAGACAAUGGCUCUAUUUAAAAUCAUAAACACUCAAAUAAAUAUUUGCUUGAUUAAAUGGUUCUUUGCAGGGUGAAAGGUUUUUUUCAGAGAAUGU